UUUCCGUACAUCCGGUUUAGUUCAUUGCAAAAAGAGCUGGGGCGAGCUCGACAAGUUAAGUGGAACACCCCGUCGUUUUAAAAGCAAAUACCUUUGCAAAUCAUUUUCGGAAACAUGGCAGAGAGUGACUGGGAUACAGUGACUGUUUUGAGGAAGAAGGGGUCCGCUGCGCAGUCAAAGUCUAAACAGGCUAUAACAGCCGCCCAGAGGAAGGGCGAGGAUGUCGAAACAUCUAAGAAAUGGGCUGCUGGGCAGAAUAAACAGCAUGUUAUAACCAAGAACACAGCAAAGCUGGAUAGAGAGACAGAGGAGCUCAGCCACCAGAGAGUGCCUCUUGAAGUGGGUAAGGUUAUUCAGCAGGGCCGUCAAAAUAAGGGCCUCACCCAGAAAGAUCUGGCCACUAAAAUUAAUGAAAAGCCACAAAUCAUAGCCGAGUAUGAAUGUGGGAAGGCUAUCCCCAACAAUCAAGUCAUGGGGAAGAUUGAACGAGCCAUUGGCCUUAAGUUGCGUGGAAAGGAUAUUGGGCAGCCCCUUGAUGCUGGUCCUAAGAAGAAAUGAAUACAAAAUCCUCGAAAAAUCCACCAUCCACAGAAACCAGUUCUUGUACUAAUAAUCGUUAGUCAAUUUUCAUUAACUGCUGCAUUACUUUUAUAUUUUCUCAACUCGAUGGUGGACCAGACAUCCUCAUCUUGCCACAUACAAAAGAGGCUUAUUAUCUUACGUUUUAUGUCAGAUGAAGACCUUCAUUAAUUUUUUUUUAGCUUUCUCACUGCUUUGAAAUAAAGAUUUAUUUCUAUCUCUGAAUAACUUGCCCUUUUAAUUGAUGGUGCAUUGUUUAUUUCAGAUAAUGCAGUUUAAUAUUGCAUUAUUUAGAGGACGUGAUUAUUUUUACCUUUAGAUGUUUUUAUCCAAAGCGACUUGUAUGCGGAAUGUAACCGCAUAAGCAACCUAAUCCUAGGAGGAAGUAAAAUUAAAUGUCAGUGUUUUAGGGUAAAAAAAUUACAGGUAAGGACAUUUAGAAGAAGACGGUUAAAGAAUAUAGUGUUUUUUUUUCUCUCUCUUUAAAACAAAGUGCAUGAUCACAUUUGUAAAAUGUUUUAUUAAUUGCAUAACUAAACGUUUCAUUAGUUCUUGCUCAAGGAAGAGCUGGAAAAAUGAGAAUUGGCUCUCAGAACCAUCAAACAGCACUUAGUUUCAGUCGGUCUUGCAUUCAAAACGGACGCUGUUACCACUUACAGUCGUUGGCGUUGGUUGAGUUUGUCUAGCCGCUGUCCUUUCUCGAAUUUUACACAAGAAAAUUGUUAAAGGUUUAUCAAUUCUCGACAGCAUUGCUGCCCGAUUACACAGAAGAUCGUGCUGAUUAUUUGGAAGCAGCAACAGCUAGAGCUGGAAAAAGAGCCUCCGAACAACUACCUGAGCCGCAGUCAGAGCACAUGAUUCAGCCAUUAUGGCAACCAAGCCGUUUGUGAUACGGGACAAAACAGAAGGACACCGACAGCACUGGACAGUCCCGAAUGUGUGCUGUUACGUAAUAGUUUUAUUUUGUCACGGAUGAUUCUCUUUACACAAAGGGGAACUCAUCUGAGUGUUACUGUAAACUAUGAUCUGUCCACGUGUCAUUUUAAUCAGGCAUUUAAGUUUACAUUGAGCUUCCAGAACAACGCAUUGCACAGUACUUUUUUUGCCAUUUGUAUAGUGCCACAACACGCAAAAGUAUAGCUGGAAGAAGUGGCUUUCUUUUCACAGUUGCCAAGAAUCGAAAGACUUCCAACUCGUCGGUACAACUUGCCCUCAAUAAGCUGUUUUAGGACUGCAAUAUUUUAAAUGUAGUACUAUUUAAGGUCUACACAAAUAUAUUAACUAUAAACAUAAGUACUCUAUACUAUUUAAAUAAAUCUACAUAUGUAGUAAAAAGACACCACCGUAGGUUUUUGUGAUUUAUUUACGAAAAAUGAGGGGGCUCAGUGUCCAAAUCUCAGAUUAGUUUAUACACCAUGUAAGUCUGUCCCAAAACAUACUUAUCAACUUGCCGAACGUAACAUUAAUGUAGCGCUACCAAUUUAAAAUUUUUACUCAAAAGAAUGACAUUUACAUGUUAUAAACUGCUCAAAAAGUUUAAGAAAUAUACUGUAAAUUGGCAUGCAAUACACAAAUGUUUUUUUUGUUUUUUCUCAUAACCCCGCCACCCCCCCCAAAAUAUUCAGACCCAAGACAGAGUUGACAAAUAAGUAGUGAAUAUACGUUUAUAUCUGUAAUUAUAUAUCCUAUGUAUCUUUAUAUCUCUGUCUGCAACCUUUUCUCUUUGAAGAACCCCAGUUGUACUUCUGCUGGAGGAAUUGAGUAAAUGAAGCUGUAAUACAAAUUAUUUUAGAGACAAGGUAAAUUACAGUAAAAAAUAAAUGCUGAGAUUGAACAUGUAAUGCAAUACAGUGGUAAAAAUGAAAGAAAAUAAUAAUAAAAAAAACUUAAAUGCAUCCUACAUAUAAGACUAC